AUGAACUAUUCCGCACAGCCUCAACUCCCACCUUGCCCUCCUCCCUAUACAGCAGCCCAACCGCGAGUACAGGAGGACUGGGAAGACUGGGAGGACGAUGACCACGCCGCGCCAACCCAUACCGGCGAGCAGGCCUCGACCGACUUCACCCCGGCGCAUCGCGUAUCAUCUCGAACUUCCAAGCUUUACGGACAACGGUCAUCGAGAGUCUCCGCUGCUAGAGCCAUACGAGUCAAGUCUCGACAACGCCAGAAGGCCCAAAAUGCUAAGGCAGGUAUCAAGCUCAUUACGGACAUGUCUACUUUCCGACGCCAGACCAACUUCGGCCAUACCAGGCACACACCAGUGGGCCGUACUGGGAGGUUCGUCGAUGCUGCUGCCCUGAGGGCUCUGGAAGGAGAGCCAAACUCGGCUUCAGUAGGAAACUGGAACUGGUUCAAGAGGGGCAAGGAUCAAAGCCCAGCGACCGCCUCGCCCCAACUACUAUCGGCCCAGUCAGGACGAACUUUGGAUCAAAAGCUCUCACCAGAUGACCGACCCAUCGUGAUUGGCAUUUCUCUUUCGUCUGAAGAGGCGAAUGGUUCCGUGGGAGGCUACAAUACUUCGCCGACCCCUAUCGAGACUCCUCACCCCGAACCUCCUCAGCAACAACCAGCGCCUGGCCACCUCGCUGCUCCUGCCCCUACUUCCAAGCCAUUGCCGACUGCUGCCCAACAAAAGUCCGUAUGGUCGCCUGAUACUCCCGAUACUGCCUCAUCGUUCAGCACGAUCCGCUAUGCUUCGAGCAUCUAUUCGCAAUUCCCAGUCCCACCCGAUAGCGACGCUCCUCCAGUACCAGCGGUUCCAGAAAACUUCAAGAAGGCACAAAACAAUCGGCAUGUUAGCAUCGACAUGGGCGGUAACGCUCCUGAGGAAUCGGAUAGCGGUACCCCCUGUACCCUCUUUGAAGAGGAUGGAACCUCAAGCCCACAGAAACAGUUGAAGGCCAAGUCACCAGGGGUGACACCUGACAGCGCUGGUUCAAAGACUCGCGGGUGGUGGGAUCAUCAUGUUGUCACUCCCUUCAUGGACAAGAGACUCACCUUCACGACCGCUUUGAAGCAGACCUUUGAAUCACCCAAAGAUAGUCGCAUUGACGAGUGGUGGAAUAAGGUUGAGGACAAGCCCCAGCCGAAACAAACCCAAAACCCGAAUUCGAACCCAAACCUGUACCUCACGCCGAACCUGCUACUUGGUCCAUUCCAGACACCCAUCGUCAAGGAGCCUAUACCACGUCGAACGCCCUCCCCUCGUAUCGAAAGCAUAGCCGAGUCUUCUUCUGGCCCUUCAACCGCUCGGUCAUCUCCAGUCCCCAACGCAACCUCGAGCAUUGUGAAGCCGCGGAUUGUCAUCACGUCAGAGGUUAUCUCUGAGCAGCCACCCCCAUACUCGCCUCCGCCAAAGAAGACUGAAGGCACGCCGAUCAAGUACGCAGCUGUACUGCCACCUGGACAUGCUCUUCAGACCCAGUUCCCACCAUCCCCCGGACCCACGUCUCCUGGGCCCAUGUCUCCCGGUCUUGCCUCAACCAUGUCUUCUCAAAGGGGUACUCGUUUGCAAGAAGUCCCAUUGACGCCUGCUCCUCGCGAGAACAUCCGGGACAAUAUUCGACUCUCGCAGAUGCCGCUCCCAACACGGCCAAUUGGAACCUUUGUACCCCAAGAACACUCGCUCGCUGAUGGGGGGGAAAUGACCAAGGUUGAGCGUACACGACGUCGACACGAGAAGGAAGAGGUGGUAGCCCGACGCUUGGGUGGCUUCUGGAGGGGUAGAGGAUGUAUCCCCAAUGAGGGCUGCUUUGGCCGAACUGGUCGGGAGGGACGCAAACGUCGACGAGUCUGGAUGAUUGUGGUUGGAGUCGUCAUUGCUCUGAUGAUUCUGGCCAUCACACUGGGAGUCGUUUUGAGCCGCCCCCACCACAAGAAGGAACUCCCCUCGAUUUGGGUCAACCUGACAGAUUUCCCUCCUAUGCCCACAGGAGGUCUGACGGUGGUUGGACCAGACAACGUUUUGGCCAAGCCUGGCUGCACUGAGCCCUUGACCAUGUGGAGCUGUGCUCUCCCCAAGGAGCAGCACAAGUCGGUUGCCCCUUACAAGCCUACCCAGCCGACCAUCAUGAUGCAGAUCCAGUGGGACAACAGUACACGCAAUGAGUGGAAGGUUCCUAACGGAGAACCCCCUUCACUCAAGCACCGCCGAAGUAUGGGGAUCGCGGCGCGUGCGAGCAGCUUGAUCCGAGAGCGACAGACAUCCGACUUUGAACCCAGCCCUGACCAGCCAAACUUUCAGGAGAUGUGGUUCUUGGGUAACACGACUGACGAUAUCAAAUCGAAGGAGAAGGCAGGUGAAGCAACGCCUUUCUACAUCAGUCUGGUAGAUUCCAUUGAGACGGAGGAGACCAAGGAGCUGGUUAAGCGUGAUAGCUCGCCGGAAGUCAAGGUCAACCUGACCGACGCUCUCCCGCCGCCUGAGCUAGAUGAAGACGGCAAACCCAAGCCAGCUGUGUUGCUGCCAAAGCCUGUGCAGCAACCGGUGCGGCUCUACGACCGUGGUCUCCCCACGGAGCACUACGGGUUCUACACGUACUUCAAGCGAACCAUCUACCUGAAAUCGGUAACGGUUCUCAACAACACUGAUGAGGGUGACAUUCCAUUGGAUGAGGAUGGCGGCUGCGGGGAAACUGAGGCCGAUUUCCUCACCACUUGGAGCGAGACACGGCUGCUGGUUCAAAUCUGGACACGCAAACUCGCAAGCAACACAUCGUCGCUACUCGAGCCUAAGGGCAUGGGUAGCAUUGAUGGUUCCAAGGAGCUGAUCCGACCAGGAACAAUGCCGUACCCGGUGACGGUGACUAUGGAUACCCACGGCGGAGAUCGGGGGAAGAAGUUUGUGUGGGCGUGGCCGAUUAACAACCGGCAGCAGGUAGAUGAGGGCAAUCCUAAGUUGCUGGCCAACAACAUUGCCUACGGUGGAACAUGGAUCAACAAGCGAUCAGACGGAGACGAGAAGUUUGGCGGAUUCGACGGCGGGACCGGAGGAUGCAAAUGCCAAUGGGUAAACUGGGUGUGA